AUGCCCAAGAAGGUCAGAUGCUCGCUCACCGACUGCAAGGCUGUCGCCCAACGCAUUUCCGGCGACUGCGCUUUCUGCGGCGGACACUAUUGCAGCAACCACCGUCUGCUAGAAGACCACAAGUGCCAGGGCCUGGAGGACUGCAAAAAGGAAGCCUUCGAGCAAAACGCGAUGCAGCUCAACAAAGAAAGAACCCAAGUCAUCAGGGGUGUAUAA